UUUAUGGAUUAUCAUCACCACAAGAUAAUAAUGGAGAACCACCACCUAAUCCAUUAAAGUGUAAUGACAGAUUAAAUUUAUUAGACCAUCAUUUGGUAAUAUUAUUAGAAAUAUUUAUAGAUGCAGGAUUGCUUGAUGCAUUAGUUGAAAUUAUUGAAGAUAAAAACCAACUAUUAGCUCGUAGGGCAACUCUUUUCAUUGGUGAAAUACUUCAAUUAGCUAAUAGAUUAUUAUCUGUAAAUAGAUCAAUAAAAAUACAGUCACUUCCCAAACUUUUUAAUUUAGCCACAAAAUUUGAUAAUGAAAUA